CGGGGCGUCCGCUACACCUGACAGCGCCGCGCGGGAGACGGGCGUGGAGCGGCGUAGGGGCCGGAAGCAGCUGCGGAGAAGAUGGUUGGGGUGUCGAGUGGGGUUGGGCGGCAGCAGCAGCAGCAGCAGCCGCGGGAGCUGGAUAACGGAUCUGUUUCAGAGAUAACACAGAGCAUGGAUGACGACCCUUUGCUUGAUGCACCGCUCCUUCCACCUCAUUCAUUGCAUUCCAGGAUGUGUCCAAGGUUCCACGCCAUACCUACAGUCCUCAUUGCCAAUAUUUUGCUGUUCACGCAUGUUGCUUUUGUUGUUUUGGCUUUUCUGGCAGGCUUAUUCUGCUCUUACCCUGAUGCAAGUAGAGAUAUGUGUCCUCAGCAUUACACUUAUCCACUUAAAGUGCAAACUGUUAUAGUUACUGCCAAAGUAAUUCUCUGGAUCCUGCAUCUGUUUCUCGAACAGUAUAUUCACUUCCACCAUAGCAAGGUCAGAAGGAAAGGCUACCUCCAGAUCUACAGAGCCACAAGGCAUCUUAAGAGAUUUCCACUCCUAAUUCAGUCUACAGGUAAUAUAGCUUUGCUGCUGAUCUUGUCAGCGCAACAUUCCUUUCCUGAUCACAAUAAAAUGUAUCUCUGCUUCAUCCUGGGAAUCUUGAGCGUGGAACUAUUAUGCUCGUUGAUAUGUGUGGUUGUCUACACAGUAAAGGUAAGCAACUUUAACCGGACAAAACCAAGACCUGAUGUAAUAGAAGAAGAGCAGAUGUAUGCUUAUCCUAAUCACACUACCUCAGAAGUUGGAUUCAGGGAAGCCUCAAGCUUGGAAGAAGUAGUUGAAAAACAAGGAGAUGUGAUAGAAUACCUCAAACGACACAAUGCUCUACUGAGCCAGAAGUUGCUGGGUUUAACAUCCCAGCAGGGCAGUGGCUAGCAGUGGCCAGGAAACAGUGGCCAAACAGUAUUAAAAAUGACAGACCAACUUGAACAUUGACUCGUCCUCUCACGGCAGCAAACACAUCUUACGCAAGUUUGCAGUGACAGUUUUCCAGUCCUGGUUCUGAGCAGCUGUCGGACCUCAUCUGGCUUGGUGCUUAAAGCUGCUUGGUUUUUAAAGGACACUUUUGUUUUUGAGAUCCCCCCCCCCC